UCUUUUUUUCCUUCUCCUUCUAUUUAUUUGCAUAAACCACACUCCUCUCUUGAAAUUUUUCAUCACUCAUUCCAUUGUCAAAGAGAGAGAAAAAAAACAUGCCUAAGAAGCUUCAAAAAACCCUUCAAGAUUACCUCAACAAACUCAAAAACAAAAACCCUCACCCUCAAAUUAAGUUAACCAAAAUGCUCUCUGGCUGCAAACACCCUAAAACGCCGUCGUUUUCACUAGAAAACGGCAGAAACUUAUCAUCCAACGCCGUUAACAACAACACCAACAAAAUCGACGACGCAGCAACUCUAGCUGACGUCGACCGUUUUCUCUUUGAGAAUUUCAAGUCUCUCUAUUUCAAGGACGAAGACGAAACGGAAAACACCGUCAAAACAAUCUCCGGCGGAAAAAACAACCAUGAACCAUCGAAAACCACUUCCUUCAUGCUCGAAUCACCGCGAUUCGAUGCAUCACCACCACCGGAUCUUUCCCGAUCAGCACGAUUCUUCGUGAAAGCGGAAAACUCAAGAUCCUUGAUGGAAGAUGCUCUAUCGCUAACAAACAGCGAUGAUGGUGAUUCGAGUAAUUCGAACUCAUCCUCAACAGAAUCGCCUUCGAAAGAGGUAGUUGUAGUUCAUGAAGAUCAUAACCAAACUCUUCCUGAAAAGUGCAUUGCUCUGUUAUCGUAUUCGCCUAAUCCUUACGAUGAAUUCCGGCGAUCGAUGCAAGAAUUGGUGGAAUCGAAGUACGGUAAAACCGAAAUCACUGAAAUGAAAAUUGAUUGGGAUUUCAUGGAGGAGAUUUUGUUCUGUUACCUGAAUCUGAAUGAGAAAAAGUCUCAUAAGUUUAUUCUGAGUGCUUUUGUUGAUCUCAUCACUGUUAUGCGUCAGAAUUCGGAAGCAGCUCCGGCGAAGCCGUGUAGCGUGAGAACCGUUAGGAUUGGUAGAGAAGUGAGGAAGAAGAAGACUAAGCAAGUAACCAUUGAAUUUGGGUCUUAGAAACUUCUUCUUCAUUUUCUUUUUCUUUUUUUUUCUUUUUUUUUAUUUUAAUUUUCAUGAAAUAAAAUAUAGAUUAAAAUAAAUAUGAGGGAAACCCGGAAAAGGGACUUUUCUUCCCAGAUAGAACAUUCCUGAAUAUUUGAGUCUUGUUAUGUAAUGAUCGAAUGGUAGUUUUUGUUAUUAUGCAUAAAACUCAUGCUUCAAAAGCGUGAUAAUUUUUAUUUUCGUAAACUAAAUUGUGUACUCGUAUUUUUCUUUUCUUUUUUUAUUUGAAAUACGCAGGCUUAACUGUAUUACCGCA